UCUCGGGCUCAUCUCUUAUUUAGCGCCAUCUACGACAAUUUCCUUACAAUCUUUCUUUUCGAGACGAGCUCCCAAAAUGGCUACUCAGAUAUCAAAGAAGAGGAAGUUCGUCGCAGAUGGCGUGUUCCGCGCUGAACUGAACGAGUUCUUGACCCGUGAACUGGCUGAGGAUGGUUACAGCGGUGUGGAGGUCCGUGUGACCCCUACCAGGACCGAGAUCAUCAUCCUGGCCACCCGCACCCAGAGUGUCCUUGGGGAGAAGGGCAGGCGCAUCAGGGAGCUCACCGCUGUUGUGCAGAAGAGGUUCAACUUCGCAGAGAAUACCGUUGAGCUGUAUGCUGAGAAGGUUGCCACCCGUGGUCUCUGUGCCAUCGCCCAGUGCGAGUCCCUUCGCUACAAGCUGAUCGGAGGUCUUGCCGUCAGGAGGGCCUGCUACGGAGUCCUGCGCUUCAUCAUGGAGAGCGGCGCCAAGGGCUGCGAGGUGGUGGUCUCUGGCAAGCUGCGUGGACAGAGGGCCAAGUCCAUGAAGUUUGUGGAUGGUCUCAUGAUCCACAGUGGUGCUCCAGUCAAGGACUACGUCGAUGUGGCCAUCCGUCACGUCAUGUUGAGGCAGGGUGUGCUUGGGAUCAAGGUGAAGAUCAUGCGUCCCUUCGAUGUGACCGGUAAGACUGGACCCAAGAAACCACUCCCUGAUGUCAUCAGCAUCUCAGAACCCAAGGAGGAGGAAAUACCCUCUCAGCCAUGGUCCGAACAGAAGGGAGCCGCCAAGCCAAUGGAUCAGCCCGGCCAGCAGCAGCAACAGCAGCAGCCCCAGCCCGGCCAACAGCCUCCUGCCCCACAACAGCAACCCAUGCCAGGUGCAGCCCCAGUUGCCCAGCAGCCAGGCCCUCCUCCCCAGCAACAGCCAAUGAUGUGAACAGCUACAACUUCUCUCUCGUAAACAUGAUUUUGAGAUAUCAGCAUCAGAAGAACACGGAUGCACCAGGCAUUGUAAUGUAAAUAAAAUGAUAUUACAUGCCAAAAAAAA